AUGUUCAAUAUCAUAUACGCAACCAUCUCGUUCCUUUCUUUCGGGCUCGUUCUUCUUAUUUUCCCAUGGUUCAUUCGUUUUCGGAGUAUCCCUGGACUAUUCGCAUGUGUCUGGCUCUUGGUAGUCAACUUCAUUUUCGGACUGAAUGCAGCUGCGUUCACUGGCGACGUACUUCUACGAGCUCCAGUGUAUUGUGAUGUUGUCACAAAGCUCCUUGUAGGUAUGCAGAUGGCGGUGCCGACUGCCAUGCUCUGCUAUACCUUCUCUAUACACGACUGGUUGGUGCGACCGAAGUGGCGUGAUUUGAACGACAAGUUCUUCGUGUUCAGGGAACGAUUCCAUGUUGCUCUGUGUAUUCUGAUGCCAAUCAUGUACAUGGCCCUUCGUGAGUAG